AUCAGCUGUUUGAAGCUUCCAAUUCGUGCGGCGAAGCUCCACUGCGACCGCGGAGCUCCGUGCAGAGCGGGACCCACCGACCCCUUUGGACCGGACCGGAUCGGACCGGACCGGACCGUCCCACCGACCCCCCGGCACCGCCCCCCGCCCCCAGCCCCUCCUCCGGACGGACCCUAGGCCGCGUGGUUGCCCCCGCCCGGGCUCCCUGACCAUGUUCCAGCGUUUGGCCAGCCUGUUCUUCGGCGAGAGCCCGCCCGCCGCGGGCCCCGAGGAGCCACCCGCCUUCGUCGCCGAGGAAGAUGAGCUGGACGGCUGGUUGAUCAUCGACCUGCAGGCUAGCUCCCCGCAGCCCCCCAGCCCGGCCUCGGAGGCCCCGUGCCCCUGCGGGAGCCCCGUCCUGGCGCCCGCCCCCUGCUUGAUGGACGAGAGCUGGUGGGUCACCCCCCCGCCCUGUUUCACCGCGGAGGGGCCCCCGCCGGCCCUCCUGGCGAGCAGCCCCCUGGAGGAUCUGCUCAUCGAGCACCCCAGCAUGUCCGUGUACGUCACGGGCAACGCCGUCGUGCUGGGGCCCGACCUGCCCGUGGAACUUGAGCCCUGCUGCGGCGGCAGCGACGGCGAGGGGGAGGCGGCUCCGCCCCCGCGGCCCCCGCGGCCCCCGCGGUCCCGGCACCCUUCGGCCCCGCACCCCGCGGCCCCGCCGACCCCCACGGCGGCGCUGCUGGGCAAGAUGAGCCAGGUUCGGCGGCUGCAGCAGGCCCGGCAGCACCAGCUGAGCCCCAAGUGCGUCCAGCGCCAGAACCGGGCCCGCGAGUGCCGCCCGCGCCGGCCCAAGCACCAAGGCAGCUUCGUCUACCAGCCUUGCCGGCGCCAGUACAACUACUGACCGCGGCCCCCCCCGGUCGCCCCCGACCCCAGGGACACGCGGCCCCUCUCCGCUACCGCCGUCACCUCUCCACCGCCACUGCCUCCGCGGGCCCCGUCCCGCUCCCGGCCUCAGAGACGCGCACCCGACGCCCCCACCCCCGCCGCAUGCCCCGGAUUCGGACCUCGGGCCUCGCGGCCGAACCGGGAUCCGACGGACCGGCCGGCUCCCCGUCCCCGGCUCCCCGCCGCCCCGCGCCCCCCCGCCGCCUCCGACCUGGUGAUUCCGAGAGCCGCCCUCCGCCCCCGCCAUCCGUCCGCCGGAUCCUGACCGGCCAAGGAGGCCCGGGGACCCCGUCCCCACCGCUCCAGAGCUCGCACCCCACUAAUCCGCAGCCUAGGAGCGGGGCGGCGGGCACGAUGCGGGGGGUUCCCGUGGGGUUAGCCGGUCCCAGGCUCCCCUCCGACCCCAACCCGCUCCCGCCCAUCCCCUUCCCCUUUCUGUUCAGACAUGUCCGGCCAGCCGGGGAGCGGGCGUCCUCCGGUCUCCCG